AUGCAGGAGAUCCCUUGCUCCUUGCGCAUUUCCCCAGUCUUGUGCCGUCGUCUCCUUCCGCUUACCCUAGCUUCAGCUAGUUUGAUAUCGCAACAAUCGUAUCCUGCGGUAACGGCAUCUGGGUCGAUUGCCGCUUCACUGUCAAGGCAUCGUUUUGGAAGCUCCUUGCCGACAUUUAUCAGGCCGAGUCCAACACUGUCGAUUUUCAAUCCCAACCAGGGGAAGCGGUGA